GUUUGCUCAUCUGCAAGAUAUGGAAGCUUUAGCCUAAGUUCUGCCAGGAAGACUCAAUCACUUCGUCACUAAUUACCUUCAUCAUUAUCCAAUCACGUCUUUAUACUCCUGUAUAAAAGAUCGUACUUACACAUGUUUGAGUUCGCAGAUGCCAACGCGACAACAACCACAGAUUCCGACGCGAUUGUACUUGCUCAAGCUGUUGUGUUUAUUCAUCUCCUUGCUGUAAUUAAGUUCGUGCCCCGCAAACUAUCUAGAGUUUGACGUUCCUCUAAGAUGCACACGGGAUCGUUGGCUUAGCUCCGUGUCGCGGCGAUCAUCUGCAGUCGUUUGUGUUGGAUGAUUUACAAGCUUUUCUCGGCAGAGGAUGUGAACAUUGGCGGAGUUCCGUGUGCUUCCAGGCCAGGGUUGCCAGGUUCUCAAAACCGCCAGUUACUACUAUUUAAAAAAAAAAAAAAAAAAAAAAAAAAAAAAAAAUACGAUCUUGGCAACGCUGGUGCUUUCCGAGAUGUCGCGUCAGUGCUGCUUGGGUCUCAACACCUGAAAAGACUUUGGUCUCAAUCAACAAAUAUUCAUCUGUACGCUCACGUGAACCUGCAGCAAUGAAGUUUCUCCGGACCAGCAGACAGAAUUAAGGCUGCCAGUCUCUUCGGCAUCUCGCCUCCAUCACUUCACAAGUCUACAGCAUUAUAAGUAUCAUUUUGUUCUAUGCACUUGCGGCGCCUGGGCAUUAAUUUAUUCUCUGCAAGGAUUUAUACUUGCACGUUCAAAUAAAACACUGUGCGUUUCGUGCUUGUUUAUUGACUUGCACAGCAUAAUUAAGAUGUUGAUCAUAGUGCAUGCAAUUUUCUGAAUUUCUUCGUAAUGAGGCACUUUAAGGCUCAUCAUAAACGCUACAAUCUUUAUACUGAUAAAGAUUUUUCGCAUUUCUUAAAAAAAAAAAAAAAAAAGCUCUGUCUAGCACACUUGAGAUUCGCUGUUUUAAUCCUAUGCUUUAAUAUUUGUUUAUUCAGUCUUUCAUUUGCGUUAUUCCUGAAAGUUCAUACUCUAAUGGGAUUCUAUGGUUGCAGAUGCAGGGAACCGCUGCUCUCACCUCAUCUUUACAUGGCUUACUCUUGGGCUAGUGAAUUAUGAACACCGGAUCUACCAAGCUGAUGCGUAUAUGGACCCUUCUUUUGAGUCGUAGCUGCAGUCUAUCUACUGGCCAUUCAUUCAGAAUUGGGGCAGCUACUUCAGCAGCUGAAUGAGGGAUCUCUACAUCAGCUGUUAAGAUCAUGGGCAGAUGGUCUUCCGAAGCAUUUGAAUCAUACAUCAGACCUGAUUCAAAACCAUUAUUGAAGCUCAGCAAGCUCUCCUGUAACUAAUCAGGUAAAUUCAUGCAAUUACUGGUGGUGGUGUUACUAUAUCUGUAUGGUCUUUCAAGGCCUGUCUGUGUCUGCCUAUCGUGGCUAUUUCUGUACGGUCUAUCGAGACCUGUCCGUGUCCGGCUAUCAUGGCUAUUUUUCUGUAUGGUCUAUCAAGGCCUGUCCCAUGUCUGCCUAUUGUGGCUAUCUGUGUCUGGCCUAUCGUGGCUAUUUCUGUACGGUCUAUCGAGACCUGUCCGUGUCCGGCUAUCAUGGCUAUUUUUCUGUACGGUCUAUCAAGGCCUGUCCCAUGUCUGCCUAUUGUGGCUAUCUGUGUCUGGCCUAUCGUGGCUAUUUCUGUACGGUCUAUCGAGACCUGUCCGUGUCCGGCUAUCAUGGCUAUUUUUCUGUAUGGUCUAUCAAGGCCUGUCCCAUGUCUGCCUAUUGUGGCUGUCUGUGUCUGCCUAUCGUGGCUAUUUCUGUAUGGUCUAUCGAGACCUGUCCGUGUCCGGCUAUCAUGGCUAUUUUUCUGUACGGUCUAUCGAGGCCUGUCCGUGUCUGCCUAUCGUGGCUGUCUGUGUCUGGCCUAUCGUGGCUAUUUCUGUACGGCCUAUCAAGGCCUGUCCGUGUCCGGCCAUCAUGGCUAUUUUUCUGUAUGGUCUAUUGAGGCCUGUCCUGUGUCUGCCUAUUGUGGCUAUUUCUGUACGGCCUAUUGAGGCCUGUCUGCGUCUGCCAUUGUGGCUGUCUGCGUCUGGCCUAUCGUGGCUAUUUAUGUACGGCCUAUCGAGGCCUGUCUUGCGUCUGCCUAUCGUGGCUGUCUGCGUCUGGCCUAUUGUGGCUAUUUAUGUACGGUCUAUCGAGGCCUGUCUGUGUUGGCUAUCAUGGCUAUUUCUGUACGGUCUAUCGAGGCCUGUCCGUGUCUGCCUAUCGUGGCUGUCUGCGUCUGGCCUAUUGUGGCUAUUUCCGUUGGUCUAUCGAGGCCUGUCCGUGUCUGGCUAUCAUGGCUAUUUUUCUGUAUGGUCUAUCAAGGCCUAUCUGUGUCUGGCCAUCAUGGCUAUUUCUGUACGGUCUAUCAAGGCCUGUCUGCGUCUGCCUAUUGUGGCUGUCUGUGUCUGGCCUAUCGUGGCUAUUUAUGUAUGGUCUAUCGAGGCCUGUCUGUGUCUGGCUAUCAUGGCUAUUUUUCUGUAUGGUCUAUCGAGGCCUGUCUGCGUCUGCCUAUCGUGGCUGUCUGCGUCUGGCCUAUCGUGGCUAUUUCUGUUGGUCUAUUGAGGCCUGUCUGUGUCUGCCUAUCGUGGCUGUCUGCGUGAGGCCUAUCGUGGCUAUUUAUGUUGGUCUAUCGGGGCCUGUCUGUGUCUGCCUAUCGUGGCUGUCUGCGUCUGGCCUAUCGUGGCUAUUUAUGUACGGUCUAUUGGGGCCUGUCUGUGUCUGCCUAUCGUGGCCGUCUGCGUCUGGCCUAUCGGGCUAUUUAUGUUCGGCCAAUUGGGGCCUGUCCGCGUUUGCCUAUUGUGGCUGUCUGCGUCUGGCCUAUCGUGGCUAUUUAUGUUCGGCCUAUCGAGGCCUGUCCGUGUCUGCCUAUCGUGGCUAUUUCUGUUGGUCUAUCGAGGCCUGUCCGUGUCUGCCUAUCGUGGCAUUUCUGUUGGUCUAUCGAGGCCUGUCUGUGUCUGCCUAUCGUGGCUAUUUCUGUUGGUCUAUCGAGGCCUGUCCGUGUCUGCCUAUCGUGGCUAUUUCUGUUGGUCUAUCGAGGCCUGUCUGUGUCUGCCUAUCGUGGCAUUUCUGUUGGUCUAUCGAGGCCUGUCUGUUUCUGCCUAUCGUGGCUAUUUCUGUUGGUCUAUCGAGGCCUGUCUGUGUCUGCCUAUCGUGGCUAUUUCUGUUGGUCUAUCGAGGCCUGUCUGUGUCUGCCUAUCGUGGCUAUUUCUGUUGGUCUAUCGAGGCCUGUCUGUGUCUGCCUAUCAUGUCUGUGUCUGCCUAUCAUGGCUGUUUCUGUUGGUAUAUUGAGGCCUGUCUUUGUCUGCCUAUCGUGGCUAUUUCUGUUGGUCUAACGAGGCCUGUCCAUGCCUGCCUAUCGUGGCUGUCUGUGUCCUGCCUAUCGUUGCUGUCUGUGUCUGGCCUAUUUCUGUAAAACUUAAGAAGUUUAAUCUAACGUCAUUAUACUGGUCAUGCUAACUCUCUUUCUAUUUCUUCCAGGAACCUUAGGAUUCACAACUGGUGGGUAUACUUCAUCUACUUUUUUUGGGGGGGAAGGCUGGCCCCGUCUGGAGGUCUCAUAAUCCACCUAAUUUUGGGGGUCUGCUGCGCCCCUGCCUUCGUCUUCAGGCAGGAAAUGCAGAUUCGCUACCCUCGGAUUACGAACCAUGGACGGGGCCUUCCGCCAAAGAAAUUUAUAAUUGUGCUCGCUGAGCUGUCAAUAAAUGUAUGCUUCGUACAUUCCUCUAUCUCCCGAGUCUUUCUGGUAGAAAUGGAAGCUUUAGCCUAAGUUCUGCCAGGAAGACUCAAUCACUUCGUCACUAAUUACCUUCAUCAUUAUCCAAUCACGUCUUUAUACUCCUGUAUAAAAGAUCGUACUUACACAUGUUUGAGUUCGCAGAUGCCAACGCGACAACAACCUCCACCCUCCCCACCACCACCAGGAUGGUCCUGUCCUUACCUUCCAGGGGGGGUCUGCUGCGCCCCUGCCUUCGUCUUCAGGCAGGAAAUGCAGAUUCGCUACCCUCGGAUUACGAACCAUGGACGGGGCCUUCCGCCAAAGAAAUUUAUAAUUGUGCUCGCUGAGCUGUCAAUAAAUGUAUGCUUCGUACA